AUAUGUCUCCCUUGAGUCAGGUAUAAAGCUAACUUUCACCGACGGCAACGCCUAGUGUUUACUUUGUUUCAUGCUCGAGUAACCACCAUUCUCGCGUUUUUUUAUUCCUCUCAAGGCUCUUUAGGACAGUUCAUCGUAUAGCCACACCGUAUAGGUUUUGUACAUAUUACCGGAUUCGAGAACACCACCACCAUGCAGUCCACUUCCAUGCCGAAGGGAGACAAACCGGAGCUGGGUCUGAACAAGGAUCCCUCCAGCAGGAAGGAGGCCAAGGCGAUGCAGAAACAGGAGGACUAUCAGGAGAGAAAAGAGCAUUCCAAGAGCGGUGCAAACACGGGGGAGCACCAGGGCAUGGAAUAUGAAUCCCGCAAGACGCACACCGCUGAUGUGCCGCAUAACAAUUAGGAAGAAUGACUUAAUUAGUAGUUACACUGCGUCUUUCAUUAUCAAAGGACACGUCGGG